CGUUGCUUCCUUGGUGUUGCUAUCUCCGGUUAAGGAACGAUCCACACUACCCCCACCCUCCGUUUGCGUGCUGUGUGCAGUGUCCGUGUGGACAGAUCAGUAGUUUUGCGAUCAGUUCAGCUUGCCAUCCAACCGAUAAGCGCAGCAACAACAAAAAAAACCCGGUGACAGUGAGCCGAAAGUGGCCAAAUAGGAAGUGUCAACACAUAAUUCAAUUGAUUCCAACGUCGACGGCAGCGUCCGGCCUGUGCAUUCCCUGCGUGGCAAAGUGACAAGUUGUGUGUUUGCGAAGCGUUACUGUGCCGUGGUAAAGUGAUUCGUACGCAAAACCCUUAAGCCUAAUCAAACACACCAUGCUGAAGUUUGUGACCGUGUGUUGCGUACUGGCCUGGGCCGGUUCGGCUGUUGGGCAGGAAAUUCCACCUUACAUCAAACAAUGUCGCCGCUCGGACCCUGCCCUGACCGACUGUUUGAAGGAAGCGUUACAGCAUCUGCGUCCCUAUCUAUCCAGUGGCAUCCCCGAGAUAAAGUUACCCUCCGUCGAACCGUUCGUGAUGGAUCAACUGUCGCUGCAGCUCACCGGUGGACCUCAAGGAUACCGGAUCAACUUGAAAAAUAUGGAAGUGUUCGGUGCGAGCAAUUUUACCGUCCGGUCGAUCAAACUGGCCGACGAUAGCAAGCCGUUCGAGGCCCGCCUGACCAUUCCGCGGUUGACGAUCCACGCCAAAUACACCAGCAGCGGUGUGUUGAUCAUCAUUCCUGCGAGCGGCUCGGGUGAUUUCGAUGCCGUGUUCGAUGGUGUCACUGCCGACGUGAAGGGGCUGGUGUCGACGAACGAGAAACCGACGGGAACGCAUCUGCGCGUCGACAAGCUUGAUCUGAACCUGUCGAUCAAGAAGCCACGCCUUAGCGUUUCGAAGAUCUUCAACAACAAUCGCAUUCUGACCGAAGCGACGAACCUCUUCCUGAAGGAGAACGGACACGAGGUGCUGCGUGCGUUGCAACCCCAGCUGCAGAAGAAGCUUUCCGCUGAGUUUACUGGCAUCGCAAACCAGCUGCUGGACAACGUACCGCUUCGCUUCUUCAUCGUAGACUAAUAGCGGGGAACGUGUGUUGUUUCGGGACGGGCACUAUGUGAUACUGUUUGUUAUAGAAUUAAGCUCCCACACCAGGCCAAUCUGAUGACGUUUUUAAGCUUGGUUGGCAUAUCAGCUGUUACUGUAACGCGUUUCCUGACCAAGAGCUAGGCUGAAAGAAAAUUGCAAUUUAGCUCUCAAAUAGGAACAAUCAGUUUCAGCGCUUUAUCUACGAUGGUUAAGGAACCACUCCCUUACAGUACAAAAAAAUAAGGCAAACAAAUUUUUACAUCAUUUCUGGAUGCUCUGGUUUUGUUAAAUUUAAAAUUCAUCACCAAACAAAAUGUGGUAGAAGGUGAAUAAAAGUGCAGGACCCAACUUCUUGACGUAAUAAAGAGAUAUUAA